AGAAGGCUGUAUGGAUAGAAAAAGAGAGGGUGGGGAGAAAGGAGAGCGACGAGUUUACACUUCUGCAACGUUUCCUCUCUCUUCAGUCUUUCUGUCGUUUUUGCAUGCGUUGUGUCUCUUCUCUUCUUCUCUCCCCAGUUUUUCUCAACCUGUUCAUCUCCAGAAUGGAUGGAAGGCUAGUACUUAUCAUCCUGGCCAUGUGUGUAAUGAAUGUUGUAACCAUUGAAAACAAGACAUCCACCUCCCAACCUCUCACACCAUCCAACUCCACUCCUACUACCUCCGGUCCCCCCGCUACCCCUACUACUUCCUGCGUGUGUAAUAUCUCCACUUCCUGUUCCUCUCCGACCAAGCCCGAGUCUCCGCCACCUGCGCUGGGUGUUGUCAAGGUCAACUGGGAAAUAAAUUCCUGUAAGGGGGACAUACACCUGUCUCUCCUCUUGUCCCAUUCCUUUCCACUCUGCUUUAACAGUAGGGCCAAUCUUAGCUUUGAACUGGCAGAGUUGUGUGAGAGGAAUGGCUGCAAGGGCUCCGCAAAGUGGACUGACACCCCUGCUAGCUCUGAGGGUUACCAGAUCGAUAGGGAUGGAAGGGUUACCAAUAACUCCUGUACAACACUGGGGAUCCAAUGCGAAGUCGUCCCAGAUCAGUUAGUGGGCUAUAAGGUGGUGACUGGACUGCUGUGUGUUCUGGUGCUGGUGGUGCUGAUGGUGCGUUUCGGGCAGCCCUCCUUCAAGGCCCUCCGUAAGAGACUGUCAGACAAGAGACAGAGUCGGUGGAUCGGACCCACGCAGAGCCAAAGUGUCUCCUACCAUAGAGGGAAGGCUGGACUCCAACUUAACGACAACACAGACAAGAGACACUCCUACCCUGGAGGAAGCCUAACCUGAGAAUUGUGUGAUUUACACAAGCUUCGAAUGACGCACGCAUAGCCGUCUCAAGUUGGUAUUGGACACUAACGCGUUACGUUCCCUCUCGUUCUCCAAGGAUUGGAGAGGCUGACGGUGAACACCAGCCGAGAGCCGUCGUCUAACAGAAACAGUGAUUAUGACUCUUAUAACUUGUGAUCAUCA